UUAUUUUUUAUUUUUAAGCAUCUGCCAUUAAGGAUGAAAUCAUUAGUAUUUUUCUUGUCCAUACUAAAUUCGAAGUUUCAAUAACUUUUUCUGAUUUGGGAGUCAUUUGUUUGUUGAGUGAUCUCAAUCAAGGCAUCGUCACCUUACUCAGGAUGCACUGGGAGAGGAGAUGUGUCACUGGCACAGAUGUGUCGCAAACUUGGUCUCCUCUCCUGAUGUUUAAUGUGUGACUACAUAAUAAACACUAAGUCGUAUAGUCUCUUUUCCGACCGAACAUGAAUUCAUUUAAACUUCAAUCCUACAUGAUGCCACUCAAGACACUCUGGUGUGCGUGUUUAAGAAAGAAGCAGCAGCGACAUCCUUUAAGGGGUGAGACAGAUGGAUGACCACAGCAGUGGAGGGAGGAGAGAGAGAGAGAGAGAGAGAGAGAGAGAGAGAGAGAGAGGAAGGUAUAGAAGAAGUCUGCCCAGUAACAAUCGCACAGCCUCGUUCGAGCGCUGAGGAACUAUUGGCUAUGCAAAUAGACACACAGGGGAGGAGGAAACAACUUAGACUGGAAAAAAAAAAAACUUUAAAGAGACAUUUCCCCCACUUUUCUCACAAGCAUUGCUAUAUAGGCAACAAGCUUCGGAUGGAAAUGAACAGCAUGAGGACUUUACAGUCCCCAGUCUUACCCCUGAUGCACUGAAGUCUCGUUUCAUUCAAGGCUCAGGCUUUGAAGUUGACUAAGAAUAGGAGGGGGAUUAACAUAUUUACCCAUGCAGAUUAUCUUUGUGACUGUAUGUGAGGCUAAAUCAUUUGGCAGUGGGGUUUUUUAAUUAUCUGCUCAAUGACUUACACUCUUCGUUUUCACCUGCUUGUUUUUUUCCAUAGGACGUUAUUUCAGAAGCCUGAAUAAAAAUAAUAAUAAAAACAAAAAAAAGAUUCAUAGCAGGAAUUGUUAAAUUGGUUGAUAAUAUUUGGGCUGAGCAAAAAGCCAAUGACUCUCAUCUUUUGUGUUAUCUUUAACAGAAGAUUAUGCAAAGAGAAAAAAAAAAAAAAAAAAAAGUCAACGCUGCUUCACAUUUCCUAGAAAGCUAUCUCUCUUAAACCGCAAGCAGUUUGUGGCUGCAAAGAAAAUUAAAUAGUUCGUAAGACCAUGUGUGGGUGUGCGUGCGUGCGCGUGUGCAGAGUGAGUGGGUGGGUGGGUGGAUACUGUCCUGUGCGCGUGUCCGUGCGCGCGCACGCGCCGCCGUAUAAGUUAACAUGCAGUGUUUAUGGCCACAUACAUACAUGCGUCAUAUGCUCUGCUGCUGGGGUUCACUGAGUCCAUUUGACAAAGCUGGCUGACAAGUUUAAGAAAGAAAGUAACACGAAUUAAGUUACUUUUAGGAGUUUUUCUUUCUUUCUUUCUUUCUUUCUUUCUUUCUUUCUAUAAGCCAAAGUCAUAUGCAAAAUAUCCUCACGAGGUGUCACUUGCUGCACUUUAACAAGUUGGUUCCUUCAAGGCUUUUCUUAUGCUGAAAAUGUGCCUAAUGCAACACUGAAUAAGACAUUCAAUCAUGUUAAGUGACACUGCUAUUAUUCAGUAAUUAUCAUCACAAGACAGUCACCACAGCACCAACAUAAAGAAGUACAUCUUUAAAAACAGAGAAAAGCAUGUAUUUUACCAGAAUAUGCACCAUGUUCUAAUUAAACAUUCAUCAGUCACAUACUUUAAUAUCCCCAAAAUAUUUUUAAAGAAUUGCUUUAUUUCAGCCAAAAGAAAAACGUCGGUAAAUCUGCUUAAAAGUUGAGUUUAUAUGGAUGUAUCCUGCACCUUUCACUGCAGUGUUGUGCAUCUACUUUUGUGGCAAAGUAUAUAUCAGCUGUAUAGAUGUUUAAAAUGAAAGUUUGCUAAAAAAAAAAGUUGUCGUGCACGCCAGGAUAUAGAAGAAAGAAAGAAAGAAAGAGAGGACAGCAGUGCAGCAUGUUGCUUCUGGUCUAUACAGACUACAGACAGAGGUAAUGAAGUGCAAUUGCGUCAGUGCGCAUGCAGCAGGGCAGGCUCGAGAAUCCGCCUGAUCUGGCCAGGCGGAUGAAAGUAGAGGCGCACUGUGCUGGAGAGAGAGAGGAAAAAGUUCUCAACAAGAAGGAGAGGCAGGACUACUCUUACCGGAGCCCCUGCAGUCUCACUUUUUAUGCCUCUAAAACACUUUCCCUGCCAUCCUUUUUUGCAUUUCUUCGCUCUGCAAACGCCGCUUUUUAACGCAUCCGAGAGACAAAUACUACUUUUUGUUUUUUUUUUAUUUUUGUGACUUUAAGUGAAAGCACCAGCAGCAGCACCAUGGAGCUGCUCUGCCUCGAAAUGGACACCAUCAUACGAGCUCGUCCAGAUCCGAACCUCCUGUGCGAUGACAGAGUCCUGCAGAGCUUGUUGACCAUCGAGGAGAGGUUUCUACCACAAUAUUCCUAUUUCAAAGGCGUCCAGAAAGACAUCCAGCCGUUUAUGAGGAGGAUGGUCGCGACUUGGAUGUUGGAGGUUUGUGAGGAGCAGAAGUGCGAGGAAGAAGUUUUCCCCUUGGCCAUGAACUACUUAGACAGAUUUUUAGCCGUGGUACCCACCAAAAAGUGUAACCUGCAGCUGCUGGGAGCAGUGUGCAUGUUUCUUGCAUCCAAAUUGAAAGAGACUCGUCCAUUAACCGCAGAGAAGCUUUGCAUCUACACAGAUAACUCCAUCAGACCACAAGAGCUGCUGGAAUGGGAACUGGUGGUGUUGGGGAAAUUGAAGUGGAACUUGGCAGCAGUAACGCCAAACGACUUCAUUGAGCACAUUGUGAGGAGGCUGCCGCUGCCCGAGGAUAAGCUGGCACUUAUACGCAAACAUGUCCAGACCUUCAUUGCCCUAUGUGCCACAGAUUUCAGAUUCGCCAUGUACCCUCCCUCCAUGAUUGCCACAGGAAGUGUGGGGGCAGCGAUCUGCGGCCUACAGCUGGAUUCAGCUGACCAGUCACAGUGGGGUGACAGUCUGACAGACCUGCUGGCCAAAAUCACAAACACAGAAGUGGAUGUUCUCAAAGAGUGCCAGGAGCAGAUUGAGCGCGUGUUGGUGAGCAGCCUGCGCGAGGGGCGGCAGCAGCAGCAGCAGCAGCAGCAGACACAGAGAGGCCCCAGCGGGAAAGGCCUGGACGAGCUGGACCAAUCCUCCACCCCAACAGACGUCCGCGAUGUCAACUUGUGAACCGUCAGAGGGCAUCAUUGCACAGGAUUUACAAAACAAAAAAAAAGCAUCAUGAAAAAAACCUCAAUUUUCUUAAAAGCAGAAAAAAAGAACAAAAGAACAAAAAAUGUUAAAAACACAAGCCCUUUAAAAGAAAAAGAACAAUGCUUGCUAGUUUUUUUUUUUGUAGAAUUUCUGUUCUUCAAGUCAAAAACACCUGCCCACGAAAUAGAUUUUCAAUGAUGUUCUAGUACUAAAAGCAGCAAAUUUGAUACCAGAUGAAGCUCUGUGGUGCCUUGGAUAUACAGAAGGGAAGCCAAUCAUAUUUGCAUUCUGCCUUUUGAUUGUAUAGUAUGAUCUUUAAGUUAUAUUUUAAGCAUAGCUUGAUAAUGAGGCUGUUAUGGUAGAAGUUGUGGAAACCAUUCAGAAAUUACAUGGGAUCACGGUGGGGCUUAAGUUUUUUUUCUCUGUUUUGUUAUACAUGAGUAUUAUCACUAUUACAUUCGUGGCUGGUGUAAGAGAGGACGCGAGCUCUUUGACCAUCAGAAAGUCCACAUGGGACAGACAGAGAGAGAGACAGCCGUGAGAACAUUAUGCUAAAAGUUGGCGGGUCCCAAUUCCAUGGAAGAGACGGGAUGAUAAUAAUUAUUAGUAGUAUUAGUUAUUAUUAUUAUUAAUAUUAUUAUUAUUGGAGAUAUUUUGGAACUGAGUAGUAGAGAUCAAUAAGCUCCUUUUGUCAGGCUGCUUGUGUGUGUCAGUGUGUGGGUGCAGUGUGCAAGCGUGUGUGUUUGUAUGCGAGUAUGCCAGUUUGCGUGCAUGCCUGUUUGUGUGUGUGUGUGUGUGUGUGUGGUGUGAAUGCUACAUGUGAUCCUGUAUCUAUAUUAGCGGUGUGCAUUCUAUGGCGUGAGGCACUUGAGCAAAGUCAAGUUGUAGACUUACGGUUCUAUGUUAAAAGACGAUGGAGCGAGAGGAAGCUACACAUACUUUGUCCAUCAGUAUAACAGGGCAUCUACGCUAUAUCACUGCCUUCAUGCAUUAACAAUGUAUCAUGGUUCAUUGUUGGCCAACAAUAAACUCGUGUGCAUGCACUAUGAGUGAGACAGAAAAGCGAAGGAGGAUAUGGGCGGAGGGACUUUCACUAAGAGCCCCUUAUCUUUCCAAGAGGAUUUUUCCUGAGGUGUUACACCUCAGACUCAGAGGUCACGUGAGGUGUUUGUUUAUUACUGCCAUUCUGUUAAUGAUACAGAUACGUUCGUUUUCACGUUGUUACGAUAUGGUGUUUCCUUAGUUGUGAAAGGCUGCUUUGAGUCUGGAUGGAGUAGUAAUGACCUCCCACGUGUGCAAGCAUGCAUGGCACAUGUUGAAAACAGGCGAGGAUGAUGUCUUGAAGAAAGUGAGGCUAUGCUUUUUAAAGUCUGGAGGACGUUAGACUCCUCGGUGUUAAUUAGCUGGGAGGGAACAGGGUGUGGCGUGGAAAGAAUUAGAAAGAGAGGCAACUAAGAAGUCACUGUGGAACUGUGGAAGGCGCAAGAGUGCACAGCACAGGAUGGUAGGACAGAGAGGACUUUAGUGGUGCAGGAGCAUGCUGCUGUGUGGAGGAUUUACAGCCACUGGCUGGAAGAUGAUAAUGAACAAAAAGAUGCCCAAAGGCCUAUCUGCGUAUUCGGAUGGAAUCAACAUACAUUUUCUCAUAAUGGAUGUCUACAAUGACACAGCUAAGUGAACAAAACGUUCUGGGUUUCCAUUUGCUUGGAAAUUAAAUGAGGAACUAAGACUGUACGCUGCCAGAUUGUGUGAGGAUGAACUUUCGUUGGGGGGGAGGGGAUGGGGUGGGUUAGAGGAGUACAGGAUGAUAAUAUACUGUCAAUGCAUCUGGAGUCCCACAUAGGGUUGUUUUCAGCUCCCCUAUAUGAUUUCAAUGGCAAAGCACUUUGAGAACAUGCUCCCCAGGAGAUAAGUAAAAUGAAAUGCGUUGGGUGGUGAUUGGAGGUGAAUGGAUGUUUUCUUUUUUUCCUUGUUAGCCUUUUCUUUGGUUUACUUUGUAGGGCUGGUUUCCCAAUCGUCAGACAUACCCUUGUCAAGCAAGAGUCAAAUUAAAAAAGGCUUUCCACAACUUGCAACGAGAGGACAUUCCGAUUUAAAAAAAAAAAAACAACAACAAAAAAAAACAUUCCUAUUGAAGCAAAGUGCAAGUUGAUGGGGAGUCUGACCAUUUCAGAAAAAUUUGAACAAAUAGAAAAAUGCCAAUAUGAAUUGGAGAAUGCCUACACACAGAGUUCACUGAUCCAUGGGUUCUGUUUGAUUUUAUUUUAGAGCAAUGGAAUAUUUGUUUUUACUUGAAUUUUUCUUCAUAUUUAUCUGCAUCACAGCCACAGAUAGUCACACAGGGCAGCGAUGAGCUACAAGAGAGGGUGGUCGUAACAUCCAAUAUUUGCACAUGUUCUUCAGAGGGCAAUGAGGUUUGCAUUUUCAAGACAGAGCACAGCCUUUGUUCGAAACCACCUGAACUGAUGUGCGUUGGUCAGUUUUCUAUGGUGCUGGCUUGUGUAGAUCAGGCCGAUUGUCUGUCAGUGAACACAUCUGUCCCCUGUGAGCUUUGCUGCUUAAAAUCAUUGGCAAGGGGGUUCAUCAGCCAAACAGACAUCAGCACAAAACAAGAGACGGAUGAUUUUUUUUGUUUGGUUUUGUUUUAAUGGGACACAUGGCUUUGCCACAGCAAGGUGUCUUUGACUUAAUGCUUGAGUUUUUUCAUGACGGUAUGUAACUUUGCUGAGUGUAUGUUUGUCAGACUGAAGAAAAAUGUGGGGAUCUAAUGUUUAAGAGAUGUUUUUCAGUAAAACUGGGCAAUGUAAUGACAUAUAUUUGCCAAAACAUCCCCGUUUGAAUAUUUGAUAUGACCUCUUCAUUUUGCCUCUGUUUGCCUGAUGUAAGCUCUCUCCCAAACUUAAUGGUUGUGAUUUUCUUUCCUGCAAUUUAUUGUUGCAUGUGUUAUAUAUUGAGACCACCUUUUCAAUUUGUGUUUUGAUAUAUUUUAUGGGGUGACCAGGCCCGCAAAAGGGUUUUUCUAAGAUUUAGAGAUACUGUAUUCCAAAGUGAAGAGAGGACAGAGGAGGAGGUGUGAAGACAUCAAGAAAAAAGUGUCAAUAUUUUUAUUGAGUUAUUGUUGUCUUUUUGCGCUGCUAAAAGCUAUGAAUUUGUUUCAUUUAUACAAAAAAAAAAUAACAUUACCUAGUUGUGAUGUGUCACUUGAGUGUGCUGCUAUUUUAUAAACAUUUGUAUUAUAAUAUAAUUAUUUUACUGCUUAAGAGAUACAUUCAGAAAAACGAAGUAGAUGGUGAUAGAAGAACAUGAAAUGAGUAUUCGACUGGAAAUGUUCUUUGUACAGUUUGACAGUUUGCUUAGAUAGCAUGUCUCCUUUCCCCCUUUUUUAUCUAUUUUGCUCUCCUUCUUCAGUCACAUUCUGCAUCAGUGGUAUUUCCUAUACCUCAGGAUUACUGGACAAAAUACAACAUAAACAAAUCCAUAACCUAUACCUCUGCAGUUAGAUAGCCUGGAACGGAGGAGAAAGAGUACAAUGGGGGUGGGGGAAGCAAUGAUAAAUUAGCAUUUUCAUUUGUGGAUGAUUCUCACUGUUUUAGUGGGGGAAACAACUUGCUCAGUGAGAUGGGAAACAGGAAAUAUGCAAAGUUUCCACUUGGACGUAACCUAUAUUGGAGGAGGGACACAACAACAUUGCGACAUUUCUUUGGGGGUGUUUAUUCCGUAGAUUGUUCAAGCAUGUUCAUUUCUGUUCAUGUUGGUGCUACAUCUGCCUUGUUGUGUGCGAGAGAGGGAAAACAGCAUUCCUAGGAUGGCCAAAGUACAGUUCUUGCUUUAUACAACCACAAUCACUCUGAAUGUCAGUCCAUAUGGAUUCUGUAUAUGAGAAAGAUAUGUCUUGGUCUGAAAUAUUGUGUAUCCGCACCAUUGUAACUGCCACAUAAUAAUGGGUUGAACUACACCUGUCAUGUCCAACCAUAAAUAUUGUGAUAUCUGGAAGUUUCAAUGGUGCAGAUUUCCCUUUGGGUUGCCCCGCCUCCACUAUAACUCAUAUCAUGUACCUCAAAUGUCUGUUGCACAACCUCUGUUCAAUAAACUUCUGCUUUAAAGGGUGUGACACCACAUCAGCUCACUA